AUACAACAUUUUCAGUGAUAGGUCAUUGGAAACCACACAAGAAUUGUUUGUCACUUUGUUAUAAUCUACACCUUAUAGUAUCCACACACGCACAAAGAAGAAUUAUAUUGGCGAUGGAAGAAAAAACAAAGAUGGAUAUGGAAGAAGGAGAAGAGAAAGCACUUACUAUCUACUUCAUACCUUACUUAGCUCCUGGUCAUAUGAUCCCUUUAUGUGACAUAGCAACACUCUUUGCCUUACGCCGUCAAAAAGUUACCAUCAUAACCACACCCUCCAAUGCUCAAAUCCUUGGCAAAUCCAUCCCUUUAAACCAACACCUCCGUAUUCACACCGUUCCAUUUCCUUCCCAUGAAGUUGGCCUCCCUGAUGGCGUCGAAAGCCUCUCCGCCGCCACCGACCUCGAGAAUCUUCGCAAGAUCUUUCAAGCCACCACUCUCCUCCAACCACCCAUCCAACACUUCGUGGAGCAGCACCCACCGGAUUGCAUUGUGGCGGAUUUCUUGUUUCCUUGGGUUGAUGAACUUGCAAACAAGCUUCAAAUUCCUAGACUCAGUUUCAACGGUUUCUCUCUGUUUGCAAUUUGUGCCAUAGAAUCUGUUAAAGCACACUCUCUUUAUGAAUCUGCUUCAUUUGUAAUUCCUGGUCUUCCUCAUUCUAUUGCCAUGAAUGCAGCUCCGCCGAAGCAGAUGAGUGACUUAUUGGAAGCGCUUUUGGAGACGGUUUUCAAAAGCAACGGAAUCAUUGUUAACAAUUUUUCUGAACUUGACGGUGAAGAGUACAUCGAACACUACGAGAAAACUACAGGUCACAAAGCUUGGCAUCUUGGUCCGGCUUCUCUUAUUCGUAGAACUGUUCAAGAAAAAGCACAGAGGGGACAACAAAGUGUUGUGAGUGUGCAUGAGUGUCUGAGUUGGCUAGACUCGAAGCCAGAUAACUCAGUGUUGUACAUAUGCUUUGGAAGCUUAUGCCUUUUCCCGGAUAAACAACUUUACGAGAUUGCAUGUGGGAUAGAAGCAUCGGGUCACAAAUUCAUAUGGGUUGUUCCUGAGAAGAAAGGGAAAGAAGAUGAGAGUGAAGAGGAGAAAGGAAAAUGGUUGCCAAAGGGAUUCGAAGAGAGAAAUAUCGGAAAGAAGAAGGGUUUGAUUAUUAGGGGUUGGGCUCCACAAGUUAUGAUUUUGAGCCACAAAGCUCUGGGUGCGUUUAUGACGCAUUGUGGGUGGAAUUCCACUGUUGAGGCUGUUAGUGCAGGGGUUCCGAUGAUCACGUGGCCGGUGCAUGGAGAACAAUUUUACAAUGAAAAGUUGAUAACACAGGUGCGACGAAUUGGGGUGGUGGUGGGGGCAGCUGAGUGGAGUUCAACUGGUAUUGGGGAGAGAGAGAAGGUGGUGGGGAGGGAUAGUAUUGAGAAGGCUGUGAGGAGAUUGAUGGAUGGUGGUGACGAAGCUGAGAAAAUCAAAAAGUAUGCUCGAGAGUUUGGGGAUAAGGCUAAACAUGCGGCUCAAGAAGGUGGUUCAUCUCAUAGGAAUUUAACGGCUGUGAUCGAUGAUCUUAAAAUAUUGAGGGACCGCAAACUUCGAGUUUAAAGGUCGUUUUGUUUAUUUAUUUAUGACAUAUAUAGUCUAUUAUUUUGCUUUCUGUCCAACAAAAUAUAAAUCUCGUUAUCUGGUUCAGAAUGAUGAAAAAGGAACCAAUUGAGAUAAAUGAAAUACUAUAGACUCAAUAAUAGAAAAAAAAUUAAAAAUGAUUAUGAAUUUGAUAGACUCAAAUAUAAAUAAAGAGCGGUUUGUUAAGGAGUAUGUUGGAUGUAGCAUGAAACACUUGUGUAAUAAUAGGCAAAGAGCAAAAUCACAUUUGACAGAAAACAUGAUCGUUGUGGCCGGAAA